AUGGAAAAUUUGGACCACAUCAGAGAGGAAAAACCAAAAGCCAAAGUGACCAUUAAACCUGCUCAACAUGUAUUCAGUGGAGACACAGUCACUCUCAGAUGUGACAUAUAUGAUGAAGGAGUCACUAGAUGGCGCUACAGCUGGUAUAAAGAAGGUUCAAUUAAUGUUUUCAGUGAACUACAGGAACACACAUUCAGUUUGACACUGGUAAAUACUCCUGUUAUGGAGGAGACAGAGAUCAGACAGGAUUACACUGACAGUGUUUCUCCUCCAGUGUCUCUGAUCAUCAGUCCCAACAGAACUCAACACUUCACAUCUGUCUCUGUCUCUCUGAGCUGUGAGGACCAGAGUGACUCUACUGGAUGGAGAGUAAGCAGAUAUACGGACAGAUGGGGGCUGGAAGAUUGUUCAUCAUCAGAGUCGGGAUCACAAACAGGAUCUACAUGUACAAUCAACUCCACCGUGAUAUGGGACACUGGAGUGUACUGGUGUGAGUCUGAAUCUGGAGAGAAAUGUCAUCCUCUUAACAUCACUGUACACUUUGAUGUGAUUCUGGAGAGUCCUGUUCAUCCUGUGACUGAAGGAGAUACUCUGACUCUACACUGUUUAUAUCAACAUACAACACCACCAAACCUCAGAGCUGAUUUCUAUAAAGAUGAAUCACUCAUCCAGAGUCAAACUACAGAGAUGAUCAUCUCUACUGUCUCAAAGUCACAUGAGGGUUUCUACUACUGCAAACACCCAGAGAGAGGAGAGUCACCCAAGAGCUGGAUCUCAGUCACAGUGUUUCAUUCAGAAUCUCAGAUCUCUGUUCUCCACAUACUCAGUUCUGUACUGGCAGUUUCUCCAUAUUUGUUAGUGACAGUCGUGCUGAUUUUCAGAUGCUGCAGGAUGAGAGUUGCAUCUGUUGAAGAGCAAGAAACUACAAUCUGAUCUUAAUCUGUUGUGAUGGUGAGAAACUUCAGCUUCAUCCUGGAAUCUCUCAGUAUCUCAGUUCAGACUGAACAUGUUUAUUUACUGUUAAAGUCACGUUUUGGGUGUGACUCCUUUUGGCAUCUCACAGUUAAAGUGAACAUGAACCAGCAUCACAACUCU